CGCCGUGAAACUAAAUGGAGUUCACGGCACUUGUGCUGCUGGUGGUCGCUCCGUGUUUCAGCGCGCUGGCUUCCCCGCGGGACAGCUGUGGGCAGCGGUUCCUGGUCGCCCCUCCUGGUAUGGCUCGUAUAGUGGGGGGCCGGGAGGCCCCUGAGGGGGCUUGGCCCUGGCAGGUCAGCAUCCAGAUCCAGUCGAAGCACCAUUGCGGCGGGACGAUUGUCAGCAGCCUCAGUGUGCUCACUGCAGCUCACUGCUUCCACAGGUUCCUGAGGAUCAGCAGGAGGUAUUUCCGUGUGGUGGCAGGACUUAAUGUGUUAUCGGCUCCAGGACCUCAAACCCAGAUCCGCUCCAUCCGUGAAGUCCACAUGCACAAAGACUACCGAACCUCCACGUCUGACAACGAUGUGACGCUCGUGCUGCUCAGCUCUCCUUUCAACUUCUCUCACCACAUCCAGCCGGUCUGCACUCCUCAGAAUGUGACUCAUGAGUUCAUCCUCAACUUCAGCCACUGUUUUAUCAGCGGAUGGGGGAAAAGCUGUUACAGAGGGAAGCUGAAGAACAGAUUGCAGGAAGCUGAGGUGGAGCUCAUUGACAGGAGAACGUGUAACCUGAAGAGCUGGUACGGCGGCAUCAUCACGGAGAGCAUGAUCUGUGCGGGGCUGGAGAGCGGGGCCUCGGAUACCUGUCAGGGCGACAGCGGCGGCCCCCUGCAGUGUUACAGCGAGGACGAGGACAGGUUUUAUUUGGUCGGAGUGACGAGCUUUGGGAUCAGGUGCGGAAUUCGUCGCAAGCCGGGUGUGUACGCCAGAACCAGCAUGUUCGCAGGUUGGCUGAACCAGAGUCAGACGGCAUUAGCGUCUGCCGCACACAGACCGGACACGGGACGGAUCUCGGCUCGGCUCUGUGCUACUCUGAUGCUGCUCUUGAACAUCCACUAAUAAAUGUACAUUAGCCUACACCAAGCUCGUUAGAUCUUUUUAGCCAUGCAGAACUCAAAUGUGAACAAAUGGAAUUGUCUUUGAACAUUGAAAAUGAUAGAGGCUUUGAUGCAGGCCCGGGGUGGGUAAUCGGGAGAAUCGGGUGGGCCGCUUCACUUCUGGGCCGGUCGAGAAUUUUAUUUGUUGACAUUUGUCACGUUAGUCCAUCUUCUCUUAAAGUGGGCUACACACGUUCCGCAUUCUGACAGCGCAGCCUCUGCAUGGGUUGUACCAUGCGAGGAAGUUCACCCCUCCCAAAUAUUAGAGUUGGUUCAGUCCAUUAUGGAACCAACCAACUCAUUUUGGGAGAGGUGAACUUCCACGCAUGGUAGGCUACAGCCGGUAUACCAUGCGAGGAAGUUCACCCCUCCAAAAUAAAGUUGGUUCGGUCCUUAGCGGUCUUUUCCAAAAAGUUUUCUCAGCUCCUGAUAGCUGGGCCGGUCCGACCGCAACGAUACGCGUCAGGGAGGAUGGACGGGAGGAAGAGGGCAGGAGGGGCUGAAAAAGCCAGGUUGAAAAAAAGAAAGGCAUUGGAGGAGGAUGCUGCCAAAUGUGCCAAGCUUCCCGAUUUAUUUUCAAGAGGACAAACACAAGUGGCAACUGGUAAAGAGAGACAAAGGCCUAAUGAUUAGCAACAUAACUAUUCGGCUAACGUUGUAGCCUUGAUUAAUGUCAUUGUAGCGUUGUCAACCUAUUCCCAAGCAAAAUAUUAAAUUGAAUUAAAAUAUUAGCAUUUUUAUAUCACCCAAAAUAUGGUGAUCCAUAGACUUUGCAAAUAUUAUGCAAAUAUUGAUAUAUACUAUUGAAAUUGAAGUAUGCAGUAAUAUGACUUAAUUUUUCUUUGUAGCUUCGGAGCAGCAGAUAAGAGUCUCCUGCUGAAAAUGAUGAGCCCGACAUUUGCAAUGAGGAGGCCAUGACUACAGGGACAUGUAGAGAGGAUAACAGAGGAAACUAUAUGAAUUAAAGUUAUAUAUUCUAAGAAAGAGCAGUACAGUACUUGAUGAACCAAUAUGCAUUGUUUGCUCAGAAGUGGGUGUAGUAAAGGAGUAAAUCACCACUAUAUAAUACUCAUGCAGAAAAAUGAUAAUGACCAUGACAAUGACCAUGACCAUGACGGCCCCCAUGAGGUCUCACUCCAACAAAUCUGGCCUACUGCCUCAUCUGAGUCUGACACCCCUGCUACGCCCUUCUGCCUUUUUUUAAUGUUGUGCAUAUUUUGUUAACUUCUCAUCUUAAG